AUGACUUUAUUUCAUCGCAUUUCCCCAUCAAUGAAAGUCGAGUUUUUGUUCCAAGGAUUCGAUACAAAACCCGAUCUGCAGACAAUCCACACGCAGAUGCAGAUGCGCGAGGCGAAGCCCUACAAAUGCACACAGUGCAUCAAAUCAUUCGCCAACAGCUCGUACCUUUCGCAACAUAUGAGAAUUCAUUUGGGCAUCAAACCAUUCGGUCCAUGUCAAUAUUGUGGAAAGAAAUUCACUCAACUUUCUCACCUUCAACAACACAUUCGAACGCAUACUGGAGAGAAACCAUAUAAAUGCAAAUAUCAGGGUUGUGAGAAAGCUUUCUCUCAACUCUCGAAUCUUCAAUCGCAUUCACGAUGUCAUCAAACGGAUAAACCAUUCAAAUGCAAUAGUUGCUACAAAUGCUUCACCGACGAGCAAUCCCUCUUGGAACACAUCCCGAAACACAAAGAGAGUAAACAUCUCAAGGUUCACAUUUGUCCAUUCUGCGGGAAAUCGUACACCCAGUCGACUUAUUUGCAAAAACACAUGACAAAACAUGCGGACAGAACGAGAAAUAUGCGAUUUGGAAAUAACGGACAAGAAUUCACGGCCGAGACACCGACAUUGGAUUUGAAUACGGCCACCUGGAACACUCAAUUGCCGGCAAUGCCCGAAGAUCCGACCACACAACAUGCACAACAACAACUUGCCUUUAAUCAAUUCAAUGCAUCAAUGAUGAAUGUGGCUGCAGGACAGACAACCGGUGGACAGAGCACAUAUCCCCCGGCCGCUUCACUCAAUAAUGGUUUUGCCGCUUUUGAGCAUUUGUUGAAUUUCCAACGGAACAAUGCACGGGGAUAUCUCGAUCAAUAUCAGAAUAACUUCAGUAAACAACAAGCAGCGGACAGGGCGUCUGGCUUCAACAUGAUCACCCCACUCGAGAACAUUCAACGCUACACGCAAGGCAGCGGCGGAACGGGAGCGACAGCGGUCGCCGCUGUGCCCACUCAUCCACAAUUCCAGAUUACCGGCCCGAUGAAACCUGCGAGUUAU